CGCCGGCUGCUAGUGUGCUAACGGACACCCUACGGGAAACAUCGUCACCGUCGCCAAUCUCGUACGCGUGUGGCAUUACCGACGUGCAUAUUUACGCGAUCGACGACGAAAAUUCAUCCUGUAAUAUCAAUGUACUCCACGGUGCUGCAAUGAUGACACAUUAUAUUUGUGUUUUUUUCUUCGAAUGUUUUUGUCUGGUUGACUUUCCUUAAAACACGACUUUAUUUUUACAGUAGUAUCAGUUUUUUCUCAAUGCAAUCGUUGAUAAUUUACUGGAAAUGGAAACGCUGCAGGUCAAUAUUACAGUCUGGAACCUGAUGGUUUGUUUUUGUCUCCUUAUCACAAGCGUUUUCAUAGUCGGCGGUAAGCCACAGCAGACGGGCAAAGAAGUCGAUCCGAACGCAAAUUCGGUGAAUCAAUUCAGUCAUGAAACGUCAAUGCCAAGAUUUGCCGAGCCUAUACCAAACGUUACGGUCAGCAUUGGCAGAGACGCAUUAUUGGCGUGUGUGGUGGACAACCUACGUGGAUUUAAGGUCGCAUGGGUCAGGGUAGAUACUCAGACAAUUUUGUCCAUUCAUCACAAUGUUAUUACCCAAAAUCCUAGGGUAACGCUUUCUUACAACGAUCACCGAUCGUGGUAUCUGCACAUUAGAGACGUGCAUGAAGAAGAUCGGGGAUGGUACAUGUGCCAAGUGAACACGGACCCGAUGAGAAGUCGACAAGGGUACUUGCAAGUGGUCGUACCCCCGAGCAUCAUAGACAAGGAGACGAGCACAGACAUGGUGGUGCGCGAAGCGAGUAAUGCUACUUUAAUAUGCAAAGCUGCCGGAUACCCAGAACCGUAUGUAAUGUGGCGGAGGGAGGAUGGCGACGAUAUUAAUUACAACGGAGACACAGUUAAUUUCAUCGACGGCGAAGUUUUACACAUAACGAGAGUGAGUAGGCUCCACAUGGGUGCUUAUUUGUGCAUAGCCUCGAACGGUGUUCCUCCUUCCAUCAGCAAAAGAGUCACACUCAAAGUCCAAUUUCCUCCAAUGUUAACUAUUUCGAAUCAACUGGUGGGUGGCUAUAUUGGCCAGGACAUCAAGUUAGAGUGUCACACCGAAGCGUUUCCAACGUCCAUAAAUUUUUGGACGACCGAAAAGGGUGACAUGAUCGUUUCGGAUAUGACGGUUUCAGGCGAAAAAUAUGAGGCCAUAUCCACGGACAGCGGGUAUAACAAGUACAUGAUCCUGAAAAUUAGAAAAUUGUCGCCACAAGAUUUUGGAUCAUACAAAUGUGUGGCAAAGAAUUCACUGGGUGAAACCGAUGGAUUUAUCAAACUAGAUCAAAUUGCAGUGCCGUCAAGACCUAUGGUGAUUACCGAAGAACCAGACGACGAUCGAAAAGAUUAUGACGACGGUGAUAUCGACGGUGGUAACGGCGGCCCACCAGAAACCAUCUUCAAUUCGUUGCCGACAGACAACAGUUCGCUCAACUCGGACGCGGUCCGGUGGUCGCACGAUGGUGUCUUCUGUUGGAUUGCAUCGGCCGGAUGCUGUUGGAUGGCGUCCGCUUUGGCAUUUGGAAGGUGAUCGUUACCGGUCGUGAAUUUCCCAUAACGUUCGAUGCGGAAACGUUAUCGUGCAUGUUAUAUUGUCGCACGAUCUAAAUGUAGUGCGGUGGCGCGUCAUCGUUUCACCCCCGAAACAGGAACGGACUGUAGUAAUUUUUUUAUGCCCUUAAAUUUUCGUGUUUUUGGUUUUUUGUUUAGUAUAAGUGCGUUAUUUUCCUCCUGCAUUUUGUAAGAUAAAAAAAUAAAAACUCAGCGGAUGUUGUGCCGACGAUUAUGUUAUACGAUUAAAUUCGUCGCUUUGGUUUGUAAUAUAUUAUAAUAUACCUAACUGCAGUUAUCAUUAUAUUAUAUUUAUUAUAAUAUUAUGCAAAUCAAAUAAUAUUAUAAUUAUUAUAUAUUGUGUUGUAUUAUUCAGUUAAUUGGAAUUUUUUUUAUAGCAUAAUAAUAUAUUUUAUAAAUUAUAUAAUAUUUCGUCCUAUUCAGCACUGUGUAAUAAUAACAAUACAACAAUAUUUUACAAUGUUGUGAUGUAUAUGCGUGCGUAGUCUCCGCUGAAACCGUUGUAUAUAUUACUAUAGUUAUAAUACUUACUUUGAUCGUUUACAAUAAAUAAAUAAAAACA